GCUGAGUCCAGGAAGUAAGUGACGGACUGGGAACGUUUAGAGCUGCUGCAGACUUUAGUGUUUGUCUCUGAGCAACAGUCAGCUCCAAUGGAGGGAGAAGUUUCAGAGCUCUCUGUGCGGGUCCCAUGGGGAGAGAUCAGAGGUAAAGUCUGGGGUCCUGACCACGGUCGUCCUGUGCUGUGCCUGCAUGGCUGGGCUGACAACUGUGGUACAUUCAAGACCCUCAUUCCCCUUCUACCCAAAGAGUGCAGAUACAUGGCGGUGGACCUGGCAGGUCACGGCCUGUCGUCACAUCGUCCUCCCGGAGUUUUCUACUCGUUUCCUGCGUACGUGGCUGAUGUUCGCAGAGUCGUUGACGCUCUGCAGCUGGAGAAAUUCUCCAUCAUCGGCCACAGCAUGGGUGGUGACGUUGCUGGAAUGUUCACUGCACUGUAUCCUGAGAUGGUGGACGCUCUUAUACUUCUGGACACUUUUGGAUUUGUACCUACAGAUUCAACAGAAAUAUCCAAAGUGAUGAGGCAUGGGAUGGAAGAGAUGUGUCAGUUUGAGAAUAAGAAAGAAAAGAAAACAAGAGUUUACUCUUAUGAGAAGGCAGUAGAGAGGCUGUUGACUGCGAACCCGACUCUGUCUGAAGAGUCUGUGCACAUCCUUUUAGAGCGAGGUCUAGUUCAAGUUGAUAGAGGAUUUGUGUUCUCCAGAGACCUGCGAGUUCAUUUUAAAAACAUAGUGUGCAUCAGUUUGGAGCAGAGUCUGGAGAUGCAGUCAAGGAUUCAAGCUCCUGUUCUAGUUAUUCUAGCAGAAGAAGGCGUCAGUAGAAAACUUUCUGAACCAGCUCCGGAUAAAUUCACCUCAACACUUCUCCAAUGUUUGCAGGACGAAAAAUUUCAGCACACGGUGGUGAAAGUACCGGGCGAUCAUCACAUUCAUCUGAAUAAGCCCGAAGUCGUCGCUCCGUUUGUGUCCAACUUCCUGCUACUAAAAGUUGUAUAA